AUGGAGGAACAGCAGAUGCUGCUUGCUGUCUGGUUCUCUAACUCCUGCAUAGGUAGAUUUCUACUCCGGCAACAGUCCAAGUGCCCAGGGAAUGAUGCUGUUUCUCUUUGCUACAGCUUCACUGUUAACAUUUCAGAGUCUGGACUGUCCCACAAAGUCCAAGGACAACUGGAUGAAGAGACUUUUAUUUUAUGUAACCGUAAAAACUGCCAUGCCAUUGGUGGUCUGGGGGAAACACUAAAAGCCAAACAGUCCUGGGAAACCCAGGUCAACACUCUGAAAGAUGGAAUUGAACAGGUCAUUGGUCGAGCACUUUACAUGAAGCCGAAGAACGAUACAAUCAGAGCAAAUGGAAAUCCCAAUGCAUCCUGUGCCUUAUACCGCAAUGGACACAAAGUGCUGUAUCUUCACCCAAGCACUAGAAAGUGGACUGAAGUUGAUCCUGGAUCCAUGCAGAUAAAAGAGAAGUGGGAGCAAAACAAGAAUUUAAGAGACUUCUUAAACAAGACCUCACAGGGGGACUGCAGGGACUAUCUUGAAAAGACGAUCUCUAAGUUAGACUUGGAAAAAAAACUGGAGCCUACAGUUCUGGUCAAAGACACAGCUGGUAUUUUCACUUCAACCUUACCAACCAUUGCCCCAGACGUGGACCAGUCUUCAUCCAUGACCACGAAGCCCAAUGCCUUUGUCUUGCUGUUCACCUUAGCCCUCCUGGUUCUCUUAAACUAUCUGUUGAAGAUGUUACAGAGAAGUCGUGAGAGUUCAUCUGGUUCCACCACUCUCCCUUUCCAUCAGCCUCCACCAGAUGAAUCAGGAUGCUGUGGACACAACACUUCAUGCUCCAUCACGCUGUGCUAA